AUGAGUGCCGCCUCCACAACUGUCGUUGGCAUCUACGGACUACCUGGAUCCGGGAAGACAACACUGUUGAAAGACUUGAAAAGAAAGCUCGGAGAAGAUUUCUUCACCUUCUACGAGGGAUCCCAGGUUAUCGAGCAAAUUGUUCCCGGAGGUCUGCAAGCUUUCCAGCAAUCGACUGACGAAGAAAAGGAGAAAUGGCGAAAAUCCACUAUUGACCACAUUCAUUCUGAAUGCGCUGGCAGCGCGAAGACAGGUGUUGUAACAGGACAUUAUAUGUUAUGGAGCAACCAAGGCAACCCCCCUCAGCCAGUGAUCACACAGAAUGACCUCCGUGUCUAUUCCCAUAUACUGUACUUAGAUGUACCUGCAGUCAAAGUUUUUCAACGUCGCUACGAUGACACUAUUAGGCAUCGCGAAAGUUUGCCCGUCGACCAUCUAGACAAUUGGCAACAAACUGAAAAGACUGACUUGCGUAAUCUCUGUCGUCAAAAUGGAAUCUUGUUCAUGAAAUUGCCUCAGGACAUGACUCUGUCAAGGAUAUCUUCGCUAAUGCAGGAUUUUCGCUCACAUAGUGAAGUUUAUAACUUAUUGCAAGUUGAAAGGAAAGUCGACGCAGUCAUUAGCGCCCGAUAUGACCAACUCCAGACAGUGUUUGUAUUCGAUGCCGACCGCACUUUGACUUCUGAAGACACAAGUGAAAUGUUUUGGGACCUGUUUCAAGGCGUGAGUCCUUUGAAGGUCUUGUUCAGCAGUCCUUUAGGUUAUUCAUAUACCGCAUUUCGGCAGGCGACUUUGCUAUACGAAGAAGCAGCAACUGACGAAGAAUUUGAAUCGACAUGCGAAGAAGUAUCAGUGGCUACGCGUAUACAUCCGGAGUUUAUCACUUUGUUUCGCCUGAUUGCCCAACAACCUCGUGUGUGUGCAAUAGUUGUCACUUGCGGGCUGCAGUCUGUUUGGGAGAGGGUUUUGAAAAAAACAGGGUUGUCGGACAGAGUGGAAGUGGUGGGAAGUGGUCGGAUCAAUAACGGCCUCGUUAUUACACCUGAGGUGAAACGUGAUGUGGUGGAUCAUCUACAAAGCAGGCAUGGGAUGUAUGUGUGGGUGUUUGGAGAUAAUCCAAUUGACCUACCAAUGCUGCAAAAGGCAAACCGAGCAGUAGUCGUCGUCGGUAAUGAAAGAACUAGAAGUACGACUAUGGACGGAGAAUUGGCACAUGCAAUCGAGCAGGGUGGGCUUCAAGCACAGCAGGCCCUUGUUCCUAUGAGCGCUGUACCGCGUCUUGAUACUGUUAGACUUCCUCUUCUCAACAUCACAGGGGACUUCUUCAUCGAUUCGGCAUUCGCGCGUUGUGUUCAUCCUGUUCCUGAAGUUUUGGAUGCAACAAAGCAAAAAUCGACGAAUCUUCUAAUGACACCAACACGUGAUGCAAGUGUUGCCGGUCCUCUGCUGAGAAAAACCCAUCAACGCAUCGGUGAGUAUCUGGCGAUACAUUACCUACCUGAUGUUAUAGGCCUCGAGAAGUACCCGACUCAGCAUGUUCAAGGGAGAACCGUGGAUGGCUAUAGACUGCUUGAUGAAGCGCAGACAUUGAUCGUGGCAAUGAUGCGUGGCGGCGAACCCAUGGCUUUAGGCGUGAAUGAAAUCUACCCGCUCGCCAUGUUCCUGCAUGCCAAAUCGGCCAAUGAUAUCAAAAUAAGUCAUAUAGAGGGAAUGGUGAACAUUGUGCUCGUCGACUCGGUGAUAAACACAGGAAAAUCGAUGAUGGCCUUUGUCCGACACAUCCGCAAACUACAUGCCACCAUUCGCAUCGUGAUCGUGGCUAAUGUAGUUCACCAAAAAUGUGUUUCAGUAGGGGGCCCGUAUUUCAGAGAGUUGAUGCGCUGUGCUGGUUAUCCGAAAAUUUACUUUGUUGUCCUGCGAAUUUCCCAAAAUCAAUAUGCUGGUCAGGGCUCUACGGAUACCGGGAAUCGUUUGUUCAACACGACAAUGUUGGCGUAG